GCUGCCCCCUGUUGAGAAAUGCUAGUACAACAACACGACCUACAACAGAAAACAACGGCUUAACCGAGUUAGGGUUUAAACGGUUUUGAACAUUUUAUUUCGCGAAUCGACUUACACUUACGUGUGUGGGAAAGUGUGGUUCAAAGGGAAUUAUUACACUUAGAACAAUGUUGUUUAUAUAUCCAUUUGUAACUUGAUAUGGGAGAACAGCCAGUUGCACAGGUAGAACAACGAAAGUGGGCACUGAAGUCGAGGAAAUUCCGUGGAUGUAAGUGCGGCCCAUAAUCUAAGGAAGUGUACGAGGAACUGUCAACAUGUCAGAGGAUCCUCAGAGGAACUUCAGGUCAGCUUAUUAUGAAAAAAUGGGCUUCAGGGGUGUGGAGGAGAAGAAAUCACUCGAGAUUCUCUUGAAGGACAAUCCUCUCGAUGUGGAGAAGUUGAGUACAUUCAGUCAGAGGUUUCCAUUACCCUCCAUGUACAGGAUCCAUGUAUGGAAAAUCCUUCUUGGUAUUCUUCCUCCACACAGUGACUCGCACUCACUGGUGGCACGUUACCGACAAGAGCAGUAUAUGGACAUGAGGGAGGCCCUUCUGGCCAUGCGCUUUGUACACAAGGCUACGCCCAACACAGAGCUCUACUUGCGCAUGUACCAGCUGGAAAACCAGCAACUGUCCCGCCGCUCAGAGCUUAAGCAGCCUGGUGAAGAGGAUGAACAUUUUUUGGCUGUUGCCAAGGCGAUGGGGGAGAUUGCUGAUGACCCAGUGGAUUGUUACUGGCUGAUUAGGUGCUUUGUCAGCCAGUUCAACCACAAGUUUGGUGACACUAUACCUCAUCUGCCCAAGAGUCUGGAGCAUUUCCUCUCCCAGGAGGACAGUCGUCUGCUGGCACAUCUGAAAGCUUCAGGCAGCCUGGCCGUGCUGCCUUACACUCUUUGGUUCAGGCGUUGCUUCGCUGGUUGCCUUCCAGAGUCCAGUCUUCUGAGAGUAUGGGACAAGGUGAUAAGUGGCUCCUGUAAAAUCCUGGUGUUUGUGGCUGUGGAGAUUCUGCUGAGCUACAAGAUCAUGCUCCUGGGAAUGAGUCGACCAGAAGCAGUUGAAAACUUCCUAAGCAAUAUCCCUCAGGAGAACACUGACGCCAUAGUGACCAAAGCCAUAGACCUAUGGCACAAGCACUGUGGGACCCCCAUGCACCCCAUUUAACACGUGUGGACACAGACUACUGUCGCGUGUGUCCUGAAGAGUGUGUGUUGUACAUCACAUCCUUUAUUACUUUCAGCUUGUCCGGACAGCUGUUUAUACCUUGACCCAGAUGGUACAAGUACAGAUUUCAGAAGUUCUUUUACCCCUCCCCCCCCAUAUAAGCACAGUAUGAAAUGGAACAUGUGAUGGCUUUAAAUAAUUGUUCAUCUUAGCCACAGAGUUAGCCACAGGUGGUGCAGAGUUCAUGUUUAAAAACCCACUCAUUCCCUUCACUUACUUUAAAUGGGUCUCUUUUUUAAUAAGUUUUCUUUACAUCAGAAACUGCAUACAUCAUCCAGAGAGCAACAGUAAGUUUAGAACAAGACAUGCACCGCCUCCUUUCAUGGAUUCUCUCAGCCAAUAGCAGCAGAGGAGAGGAGCAUUACAGCAAGACUGUAAACAAAACACGCCAUUCAAAACACCAGUUAAACCCCCUCUUACGUGGAUCCCUCUGAAUAUACUCAAGCUUGCCAGUGCCGUGCUAAUUUAGUGUGUUCCCUAUCAUAGUCAAGUGAAAUGUUUAAAGGAUUUAAAUAUUGUCACAAACUGUAUAACUUGUCAAGUUUUGUGUUCAGAAUGGAAAUACAAAAAACCCCCCCAAUGUUA